UGCAGGUAUUAAAUAAAAUAUGCUGUUGUCAAUAGGAAUGCUGAUGUUGUCUGCCACUCAGAUAUACACUAUCUUGACUGUUCAGUUAUUUGCUUUCCUGAAUCUUUUACCCGUGGAGGCUGAUAUUUUAGCAUAUAACCUUGAAAAUGGAACACAGACCUUUGAUGAUCUACCUGCUAGAUUUGGCUACAGACUGCCAGCAGAAGGCUUGAAGGGAUUCCUGAUAAACUCAAAACCAGAGAAUGCAUGUGAGCCUAUAGCCCCACCUCCGCUGAAAGACAACUCAUCUGGUGUUUUUAUUGUGUUAAUUCGAAGGCUUGAGUGCAACUUUGAUAUCAAGGUUUUAAAUGCACAGAGAGCUGGAUACAAGGCAGCUAUAGUUCACAAUGUGGAUUCUGAUGACCUCAUAAGCAUGGGAUCCAACGACAUUGAAGUUUUAAAGAAGAUUGACAUUCCUUCUGUCUUUAUUGGUGAGACGUCAGCUAAUUCUCUUAAAGAAGAAUUUACUUAUGAAAAGGGUGGCCAUGUUGUGUUAAUACCAGAGUUCAGUCUUCCUUUGGAGUACUACCUAAUCCCCUUCCUAAUAAUAGUAGGGAUCUGUCUUAUUCUCAUCGUCAUAUUUAUGAUCACAAAAUUUGUGCAAGACCGACACAGAGCAAGGAGGAAUCGGCUUAGGAAGGAUCAGCUUAAGAAACUUCCUGUACAUAAAUUUAAGAAAGGAGACGAAUACGACGUAUGUGCCAUUUGUCUGGAUGAAUAUGAGGAUGGAGACAAGCUCAGAAUCCUUCCAUGUUCUCAUGCAUAUCACUGCAAGUGUGUGGACCCGUGGCUGACAAAAACCAAAAAAACAUGUCCUGUGUGUAAGCAGAAAGUGGUCCCUUCUCAGGGGGACUCUGACUCUGAAACAGACAGUAGUCAAGAAGAGAACGAAGUAUCUGAAAACACUCCUCUGCUUAGACCGUUAGCCUCAGUUAGUACUCAGUCGUUCGGGGCUUUGUCGGAAUCUCAUUCCCAUCAGAACAUGACCGAGUCCUCAGAAUAUGAGGAAGAUGACAAUGACGAUAGCAGUGAUGCAGAAAAUGGAAUAAACGAAGAAAGUGUAGUGGUUCAACUGCAGCCCAAUGAGGAAAGGGAGUACAGAGGGGCAAAUACUGUGUGAGACUACUAAUGAUAAAUAGUGUAUGAACAAAAGAGUUCUUAAGGCUAUACGUUACAAACCUUUACGUAGGGAAUAUAUUUUAAUCUAUAAUCCGUUUGGUUUCUUCAGUAGGAGUUCAUGUAGUAGUAGUAUGGUUGAAUCAUUACAGAUAGAUUUAUUUUUGAUUCCGGGAUACCAUCACACGUUCUGUCUUCUCAAAAUGAACAGUUUAACUGGACUUCACAAUG